AUGACAGAAGAGAGUGAUUGGGAGCUGGUGAGCGACUCCGAACCGAGUGACUGGUCCGCAAAGCAGGUACAUGUCGAGCUUCCAACCGCGGGUGUUCUUCCAAAUCAAACCACUUCAGAAUCCCCAAACAUAUCUUCAAAUUCAACCAAUUCCUUCUCUGUGAUUGACGGAAUGGAUCCAUUAGCUCUUCACAGUGACACAGGGAGCUCCAUCUCCUCAUUUUUUCAGCUCUCGUCGAACGAGUCGUUGAUGGGCUCGUCCAUCUGUGAUCAAUUUGAUCUUGUGUCUCUUUCUUCCGGCGAUGUAUGCUUUCGUUGCAAACGAUGCCAGGCGCGGAACCCUAUAGGAACAGGCAUCUGCAACAUUUGUCAUCUGGCACAAGUAGCCAAUCCUUGCAUCGGUUUGGAUGAGCAACUUGCGUUGGCUCAGCAACAACGAGAAGAGAAGAUCGCUUUGCAGGCACUGCAAUUCGAAGAGAGGCAGUUGCAGAAUCUCAUGAAUGAUUCUCUUUCUGACAAGGCAGCAUAUCUUGCUCAGAAGCUAAUGACACAGCUUGAGCCUCACAAUUCGAUACUGAAAGAUUAUGCGAAGUUCGAUUUUGUGAACCGAAGUUUUGCAUUCCUCGGCAAAGCUUAUGGAUUGCUUCAACGACGCUCCAUCCUAAGGGCAAAUCUGAAUCUGGUCUGCGGCUAUGUCAUGACGAACCAAGCACAGGGAACUUAUCUUCGAAUUCAUGGCUUUAGAAGUGAUAUGAAGGUUCCUGUGUACCGAACCAUGGCAAAUGCGUUGGAAGAUUUUGACGUGAACCCAUCAAUUCACAGACACUUUCCACCAUCAAGCCUCUCACCGAUUUCGGAAAACGAUGUAAUGCAGAGGCCACUUGUAUCCAUAUGGAUCGUAGCAGCAGUUGGCUCAAAGAUAAGUCUUGGUGGACAGACCAAGAGCAUCAAUGUGCCAGGAGAUACAAUAUUCCCUUUGGCGUGCUUGGAUGCGAUUUCAAUGGACGCCAAAGCCGAUGAAAUUGACAGCCUUACCAAGGUUUUGUUUCAAGUGAUAGAUGAUACUUUCGUCGAUGGCCUUCAUAUGAAAGUGAAGUCUAUUGCAACCGGUUCUACUCAAGAUCCAGAAGCUCUACAUCAAAGAACGACGAAGCCUAUCGCAACCAGUAUCACUAUUGCUCAUGCAAGACGACAAAUGAUGAAGCCUAUUGCAUCCAGUGCUACUAUAGCUCCAGGUCGAGAGCAAACGACGGCUGACACCAGUUCUUGUUUCCAAGCAGGAAGUCGCGGCAAGAAAUACGAUAUUGAUGAACGAUGGCGGAGCCAACGAGGUUAUCCACCUAACGUUCCCAAAAGGUCAAAUCCACAAACCAUGAGAGUUCACUCAAAUAGCGAAAGGACUUCUGGUACGAUCAGGCGGAUUGAUCAGAAUGCAAUUGAUAAGUACAGGCGAAGCAGAUACGGGACGUUGUCGUUUUUUUGCUCUGGUGUCUCAAUGAAGGACUUGGCAGGUCUUGAUCAUGACACCCGUACCUCGCUUCGAUUCUACAAUUUCCCAGUUUCUCGAAGCCCCGAAUGGCUUUUGCAUGAGUUCGCAUGUCAUGGAUUCCCCAAAGCAAGGUUCAAUCUGCUCUUUCUACCCGUGAUACUUGAAGGUCAACGUUGCGGUCCCUUGUUCCUUGAUUUUGUUAACUACAGGGAUAUUCCAGAAUUUUGUUUCCUCUUCUGCUCAACGAAAAAUAAGAGUGGAUACCAAUUCCAACGACCUCAGUACACCAAGCACCAAGGAAAGGCUGCAUUGACUGCGUACUUUCAAACCACGCCUUUAUUGAAUGAGUUUGAAUCUUAA